GUUCUCUCUGAAAUAAACAAAAAAUGAGUGGGAAGGGAGAGUUGGUGGUGGUGGAGGUGAGGAAGAAGGAAGUGGUGGCAGCGGGGUUGCCGAUGCAGGAGCAUUUGCUACCGCUUUCCAACCUUGACUUGCUCUUGCCUCCUGUCGACGUCGCUGUGUUCUUCUGUUACAAGAAUCCCACCACCACCACCACACGACUCACUGGAAAAGAAGGGGGCUUGUUGUUCACAUUUGCCUCCAUGGUCUAUGUUUUGAAGAAGGCCAUGUCUCAAGCUUUAGUUUCUUACUAUCCAUUUGCUGGGGAGGUUGUGCACAACACUGUGGGUGAACCUCAGCUUCUCUGCAACAACCGUGGAGUGGACUUCAUUGAAGCUUUUGCCCACGUAGAGCUUCAAGGUCUCAAUUUUUACAAUCCUGAUGACAGCAUUGAAGGUAAGCUGGUGCCUAAGAAGAAGCAAGGGGUGCUCUCGGUUCAGGCCACUGAACUCAAGUGCGGAGGACUAGUGGUGGCUUGCACGUUUGACCAUCGGGUGGCCGACGCUUAUUCCACCAACAUGUUUCUUGUCUCAUGGGCAGAGAUGGCUCAUGACAAACAAUUGUCUUUGCUUCCAUCAAUCGGACGAUCAAUACUCAGCCCUCGACAGCCCGGAUGGUAUGAUCCCUUCUUGGAUGACAUGUAUGUGCCUGUCUCUGCCCUACCACCACUUCCCAAAAAUACGAAGCCCAAUGUCGAUGAGUUGAUAAGUCGCAUCUAUUAUAUUGAGGCUGAUCAACUCAGUCGUCUCCAGUCAUUAGCCAAUCAUGGUACUAGCGGACGAGGGAAGACCAAGCUUGAGGCAUUUAGUGCCUUUUUGUGGAAACUAGUUGCUGCUAGGGAAGCUGAAAGGGGCAAGAUUUCCAGGAUGGGUAUUGUAGUAGAUGGACGAAUGAGAUUGAGAGAAGCAGAUGCAGAUAGCAAAAGGGCAACCCUGAUGGAUGCUUACUUUGGGAACGUUUUGUCCAUUCCGUUUGGCAAGGAAAGAGUUGGCGACCUCAAGGAGAAGCCGUUGAGUUGGGUGGCGGAGGCAGUUCAUGACUGCUUGGAAAAUGCAGCGACGAAGGAGCAUUUCUUGGACCUAAUAGAUUGGGUAGAGGCUCACCGUCCUGAACCAGCUCUGGCAAAGAUAUAUGCCGGUAGUAGUGGAAAAGAGGAUGAUGGACCGGCUUUUGUGGUGUCAUCUGGCCGACAAUUUCCAGUCUCAAAGGUGGAUUUCGGUUGGGGAAGGCCGACGUUUGGGUCUUACCACUUCCCAUGGGGUGGGGAGGCUGGCUAUGUCAUGCCCAUGCCAAGUCCUCUGCAAAAUGGUGACUGGAUUGUCUACAUGCACUUGCUGAAACAGCAAUUGAAGUUCAUAGAGACAAAAGCUGCUCAUGUGUUUAGGCCCUUAACCUUUGAUUAUCUGAAUCUUAACUAGCAAAAGAAUGAGAAA